UGACUGUGUCUGGUUUGCAGUGCCAGUGGGAUGGAUGCGCUGAAGAUCGAGGAGAUGGAGAAGAUGCUGAAGGAAGCCCACCUAGAGAAGGCCAGGCUCAUAGAAUCCAGAGAGCGAGAGAGCCAUGCCCGUAGGCAGAUGCUGGAGGAGGAGAGGAGGCGGCGCGAGGAGGCUGAGAAGAGGCUGCAGGACGAGACGGUGCACAGGCAGCAGCUGGUGGACAAGGAGGUGAAGAUGAGGAGCAAGAACUUCUCCCAGACCCGUCCUAUGACUCGUUACCUGCCCAUCCGCAAGGAGGAGUUUGACCUGCGCUCCCACAUCGAGUCAUCCGGCCACAACGUGGAGACCUCUUACCACGUGAUCCUCACAGACAAGAUGUGUAAGGGUUACCUGGUCAAGAUGGGCGGCAAGAUCAAGUCGUGGAAGAAACGCUGGUUUGUCUUCGACCGCCUCAAAAGGACCUUCUCCUAUUACGUCGACAAGCACGAGACCAAACUGAAAGGAGUCAUCUAUUUCCAGGCCAUUGAAGAGGUCUAUUACGAUCACCUGCGUAGCGCCACGAAGAGCCCCAAUCCCUCGUUGACCUUCUGUGUGAAGACUCACGACAGACUCUACUACAUGGUGGCCUCUGCCCCGGAGGCCAUGAGGAUAUGGAUGGAUGUUAUAGUAACUGGAGCCGAGGGCUACACGCAGUUCAUGAACUAAGAGACUUGUGUACGGUGGCCUAGCAGUGAAACGAUCAUAAGGAGACUGCUGGGACACACUUCAAUAGACUCAGGCCUUAUCCUCUCCCAGUAUUGGGAAAUUGCCUUCAUUGUAUCUAUUUUUUAAUCACUUUACAAUAGACGUUUUUCUACUUGCUUCUGCCCGCAGAUUGAAAAAGACACUAUAACCAAUGUCAGACUAUCCGCUCAAAAGCCUUUAUUUUUGCCAAAUUGAGUGUUACAGGCUCUUGCUUGUGAGACCUACUUUGUGUAUCCGUGUCUAAUAGUUCACUUGUUUUUACACUAUGGAAUAGUGGAGAAUGAACCUAAUUGAAACCAGUGAGGAAAACGAACUGUUGAGCCAUCGGCUUACUACUGAACUAGAUUCCACUAAUGUUGCCAAGUCCUGAUGACAGCCAUUCCAGAGACCAAACAGUACAAUAAUGCUAAUCAUUCUGUGCCUUGAGGUCAUAAUCCUAGUCGGUUAUUGUCACUGAACAGUAAGUUCCAGCCCCCCUGUAGAUCUGAUUGGAUAGGUGGUGACGCCAGGUCAAAUUGCUUCCGCUUUAGAACGUCAUGAUCUGGUAGCGUGACAUUGUAAAGGAUUCUGAAUGUGUUUAGGUUUGUGAAAUUGAGUUGUAUUUCUUUAUGGUUUAUAGUACCUC